AUGAUUGUUCCUGCAGCGGUUCUUGUUUCACUGAGCUGGAUGUGUUUGUUCUAUUAUGCAACUUUUGGUGCAGGUAGCAGCUGCAUUCAAUCUGAAAGAGAAGCCCUUUUCCGAGUUAAGGCUGAUCUCCAAGACUCCUCAGGCCGGCUUUCUCCUUGGGCUGGCAGCAACGGAGACUGUUGCAAAUGGCCUGGUGUCGUAUGCGACAACGUUACUGGUCAUGUCACUGAGCUGCAUCUGGGAUGCCCUAAAUGUCCUGAGAAUUCUACAUUUAAGGGUAAGAUUAGUCCUUCUUUACUUGAGCUCAAGCAGCUGAGCCAUUUGGAUCUGUCAGGCAACAAUUUUCAAGGGAUUCCAAUUCCAGGAUUUAUCAGCUCCAUGAGCAGCUUAAAAUAUCUUUUCCUCGAUGGGUCUGGAUUUGGUGGAGUCAUCCCUCAUCAACUUGGAAAUCUCUCAAACUUGCAACAACUUGGUCUCCGAGCUAGUGUUUAUGCUCCAUAUGCAUUAUAUGCUGAUAAUUUGCAGUGGCUUUCUGGUCUUCCAUCAUUAGAAUACCUUGAUUUGAGCCAUGUCAACCUCAGUAGUGCUUCUGAUUGGCUCAACAUGAUAAACACACUCCCGUCCAUUACAGAACUGUACUUGUCAAGCUGCCAAAUUCGCCAUAAUCCACCUUUAGCAAAAGUCAACCUGUCAUUGUUGUCGACUCUUGCUCUAGAUCAGAAUCAAUUUGGUCCAACUUCAUUUCCUAUCUGGGUUUCUCAUAUGAAAAGCCUGACUUCCUUGAAUCUAGCACAAAACAACCUUAGAGGUACGAUUCCCGGGGAGCUUCAAAACCUUACCUCCCUCAUAUAUCUUAAACUGUCUUCAAACAAGUUCAAUGGUUCCUUGCCUCAUUGGCUGUUCAGUUUUCACCACCUCCAGUACCUCAACAUUUAUAACAACAAUCUGGAAGGCAGAGUUCCCAAUUCCAUCGGGAACCUGACAUCUCUGGUUACUCUCGAUUUGUCGUACAAUCGGGGUCUUCGAUUUGAAGGAGGGAUUCCAGCAUCAUUCAAAAGUCUCUGCCAUUUGAGGGCACUACACCUGUCAGGCACAAGGCUUAAUCAAAGUGUAUCAGAGUUGCUUGAAAUCCUUGGAGAGUGUCCUUCUACCAGUCUACAGAGAAUGGCGUUGUCCGAGUGCCAACUGUUUGGUCAGUUGAGCGAAGAAAUUAGGAAGUUCACGAGAUUAAGUCGACUUUCCCUAGAGGCUAACUCCAUUUCUGGACCCCUUCCAAUGUCAUUUGGGGAACUAAAAUCCUUGACGUACGUAACCCUCGAUAGGAACCAGAUCAAUGGGACGAUUCCGACAAGUUUUGGGGAACUUUCAGAGUUGCAAUGGGUUGAUAUUUCUCUCAACUCAAUGGAAGGUGUUAUCUCCCCUGAAAUCCACUUCGCCAAACUCACAAAACUGAGUCGUUUCAGUGCAUCUGGGAACCGGAUGACGCUGAAAGUUACACCAGAUUGGAUUCCACCAGAGCCACUCGGGAUACUGCACCUGAAUUCCUGGUAUGUAGGACCUGCCUUCCCCAAAUGGCUCCAACAGCUUCAGUACCUAGGGUCUCUUGAUCUCUCAAACUCUGGAAUUUCAGAAACAGUUCCUGAUUGGUUCUGGGCCAAGCAUUCUCAGUUCUACUAUCUGAACAUGUCACAUAACCAAAUCCCGGGACGGGUUCCAAGUUUUAUCUUGGCUCAUUCCGCAGACACAUUGUUUGACUUCAGUUGGAAUAGAUUGGAGGGUCGUCUGCCAGUUAUCUCCUCCAAUUUGACUGCAUUGGAUCUUUCCAGCAAUUUGUUCACUGGGAACUUGAUCAAGUUCCUGUGCUUUAAUCCAACUCAGGUGAGAGAGACACAAUUUCUUAACCUUCAAGACAACCUUCUCUCUGGAGAGAUACCCGAUUGCUUGAGGAGUUGGAAGAAUUUGCUGGUCUUGAGACUGGCCAGCAACAACUUGAAAGGCAAGAUUCCUAGGUCGAUUGGAAGUUUAACCUCCCUUCUUUCACUACGCCUCCAGAAUAACAGCUUGGCCAGUGAAAUCCCUUCAUCCCUCAGCAACUGCACUAGUCUAGUCUCUAUCGACUUGGCUGAUAACAGUUUGGAAGGUAAGCUUCCAGAGUGGAUUGGGGAAAGCCUUUUGAGGCUGCAAAUUAUCAGCUUUCGGGGGAAUGAAUUCCAGGGAAAUAUUCCUGAAGAGCUCUGCCGUCUCCAGCUCCUGCAAAUUUUAGACCUUUCUCAUAACUUUCUUUCAGGCAAAUUGCCAGAAUGUUUUUCCAAUUUCAGCGCCAUGGCAAGCAGCUCCAAAAUUGAGGCAGAAGGAGUAAUAGCCCUCUUCUUUGGUGGGAUGCAAUCAUUCGUGGAAUAUCAGUUUCUGGUGACGAAAGGGCAGGUUAAGGGUUACAGCACCAUACUGAAUUAUGUUAGGAGUUUGGACCUUUCCUGGAAUAAGCUGUCCGGAAAGUUUCCGCAGCAGAUGAUGAAGCUGAGGGCCUUGCAAUACCUGAACCUGUCGCAUAAUCGGCUGUCAGGUGAGAUCCCAGGGGAUAUAGCUGCCAUGGGAUCGCUGGAAUCCUUGGACUUGUCUGGAAACCGAUUCUCAGGUAAAAUCCCUCCAGGGAUGGCAAGUUUAACAUUCUUGAAUCUCCUCAACUUGUCCCACAACAACUUGAGUGGGAGAAUUCCUUCGAGCACCCAGCUCCAUAGCUUCGAUUCAUCCAGCUUUAUUGGCAACAUAGCACUUUGUGGUCGUCCCUUAAAUGUCAGCUGCAGUACAAGGUACAUCUUUAUCGUACCAGGUUCCGGUGAAGAUGGUUUGGUUUGGUUGUCUGUAAGCGUAUUGGCUGGUUUUCUAGUUGGAUUUUGGGGCAUAGUUGGUUCUAUACUAGGCUGCACACCCUGGAGAGAGUUGUAUUUUGGUUUCCUGGAUCACAUGGGGUUGAAGCUCUGA